UAUUCACAUAUUUCUUAUGCUAUAUUAUUUGUUAGAAAGAGAACUUUUUUGGCUCAAAAAAUCACAUGGCUUUCCUUCUCUUCUGGUUUAUCUUAUUCCCAGUUAUUGCUCAACCUCAGCCCACAAAUUUCAUCUUCCAUGGUUUCAAUCGAAGUGAACCCAAGCUUACCCUUGACGGAGCUUCUAUUAGUAGUCCCAGUGGCGCCCUAGAGCUGACAAACGAUUCACGUGACGCUAUUGGCCAUGCAUUCUAUUCAGAACCAUUACAAAUGUUGGACGACAAGUCUUCACCUUCUCCCAAAGCUUCUUCUUUUAGCACAACUUUCGUGUUAGCUAUCGUUACUCCAAGCUCAGGGAGAGGAGGCCAUGGCCUUGCUUUCACGUUAUCCCCUUCCAAGCAGUUCCCCAGAGCUCUACCAGAGCAUUACAUGGGAAUAUUCAACUCGGAGACGGAUGGGUCAUCCUCCAACCAUAUUGUUGCAGUGGAAUUCGAUACUGUCAAUGGAUACAACGACGGUUUAGACAGCAAAGGAAAUCAUGUUGGGAUUAACAUCAAUACCAUGUAUUCGACCGUGACGGAACCGGCCGCUUAUUAUGUCAAAAACACAGAGCUAAAGGAGGAUAUGAUAUUGGAGAGCGGUGAUCCCAUCCAGGCCUGGAUAGAAUAUGAUGGCAACUUUGUGAAUGUUACAAUCUGUCCCUUUCACCUAAACAAACCCUCUAAGCCUCUCAUUUCCCAUCCCAUUGACUUAACACCUUUUGUUCAGGAAACCAUGUACGUUGGCUUUUCUGCAUCUACGGGACAAAAGUCGAGCUCUCAUUACAUCUUAGGAUGGAGCUUCUCCACGAAUGGAACAGCGGCCCAACUCAAUACUUCCCGACUACCUAUGGCACCGUCAAAACAAAACGAUGGAUCUUCUUUUGAUUCUCGAGUUAUUGGUCUUAUUGUUGCUUUAUCCACCUUGACUGUUUUGUUGUUCGGAAUAUUGAUCUAUUUUACUUUGUACAAAAGAAAUGCCAAGUACGAGGAUCUUGAAGAUUGGGAAUUAGAUUGUCCUCACCGGUUCCGAUACAAGGAUCUUUAUGCAGCAACAAGGGGUUUCCAGCUGAGCGAGAUAAUAGGAGUUGGAGGAUUUGCUGCAGUGUACAAAGGUGUGUUGCCUACAACUGGAACUGAAGUUGCUGUUAAAAAGAUAACUCAAAGUUCAAUCCAAGGUCUGAGAGAAUUCGUAGCGGAGAUCGAAAGCUUAGGAAGAUUAAGGCACAAGAAUUUGGUUUAUCUCCAAGGAUGGUGCAAGCGAAAGCAUGAUCUUCUUCUGGUCUAUGAUUACAUUCCCAACGGAAGCCUUUAUUCCCUCCUUUUCAAUCAAGAACAAGGCUUUGUGUUAAGCUGGGAACAAAGAUUCAAUAUCAUUAAAGGCAUUGCUGCGGGACUACUGUAUCUGCAUGAAGAAUGGGAGUUGGUGGUAAUCCACAGAGACGUGAAGUCUAGCAAUGUUCUAAUAGAUGCUGACAUGAAUGCGCGGCUGGGGGACUUUGGCCUUGCAAGGUUGUACGAUCAUGGUACAGAUUCGCACACCACUAACAUUGUGGGCACUAUUGGGUAUAUUGCACCAGAACUGGCUCGCAAUGGCAAGGCUUCUACUAGCUCAGACGUUUUUGCAUAUGGGGUUUUGCUCCUUGAAAUUGUUUGCGGGAGAAAGCCAGUUGAUUCAAGGAACUUCUUCUUGGUAGAUUGGGUGAUAGAGUGCCACCAAAUGGGUCAUAUUCUUGAUGCAACGGACCCUAAGUUGAAUUCCAGUUAUGUAACGGAAGAGGUGAAGCUGGUCCUGCUGUUGGGUCUUCUUUGUUCUCAUCCAAAGCCUGAAGUUAGGCCUAGCAUGAGCAAAAUCGUGCGCUAUCUCAACGGGGAUGAACGUAUUCCUUCCAUUGAUAACUGGGAGGCGUUUGAUUCUAGCGAUGAAACUUACUUGAAGUACUUGAAAACAAUUUCUUCUGAUAGUAUCACAAAAUCUUAUCGCUUGUCUUCCAUCGCUGGUUUCUCUUCCAGUUCCAUGAGCAGCGGCAGAUAGAUAUCCAACAAUCAAACCUGUUCUUUUUUCAUUUUUUAACUGUUAAUUUGUAAAAGGUAGAGACUUGAAUUCAAUCCAUAUGUAUUAGUCAACCUUUAAAUAUUAUAUCUUGGAGCACUGGGACAGGAUGCUGCCUCAUUGAUUGGGUUGCUAACCAUCCUCCUGGACCGUUCCAUCUUUCGUA